UAAAUAUAUUUUUAAAAAAUAACAGUAAAAUAAUUAAACAAAACUUACAAAAGCGUUUAUUUACAAAGAAAAAAUUGUAAAUAAAACUCAUUAUUAUAAUUUUUCAUUAAAACAAUCAAACUCUCACUGAAAUGUAUAAUAAAUCAUUAAUUAAAAUCUGCAAUAAAACGAAUAACAUAAAAAUGACAUCAACACCAAUGAAUACACAUUUCAAACAAGCAGCUGUCAGAAAGACAACAGCAACAUCAGUAUUAAUAGCAACAACAACAACAUCAUCAUCAUUAUCGUCAGCAACAAUGACAUUAACAACACCACAUCAUCAACAACAACAACAACAACAGCAAAAACGUCAACAAUUGUUGCCAUUAUCAUGGCCAUCACUAUUAAGCUGCAGUCACUUCGUAUUGCUGCAAGUGAUUUUACCCUUAAUUUUAUUUGUGCAUCAAAUGCCCAGCGUGUUGGCUGGCUCAUGCCGUGAGGCACAAUUAUGUUGCAAUGGUCGUGAUUCAUCGUGUGUGGUGCAGAAGGCACCCAUUAAUGCCAUCAUUGAGGAUUUAAGUGAUAAACCUUGUUAUUGUGAUCAUGCCUGCUUGAAAUUGGGCGAUUGCUGUAGCGAUUUUAAGGAUCAUUGUGGAGGUAAGUGUAAGAAGAAAGGUUUUAUAUGUAAAUUUGAAAUGAAGAAGUUUGGGCGAUUUAAGCACUAUGUAACAAGAUAUAUUUGA